AGAGAGAGAGAGAGAGAGAGAGAGAAGAGGGAUGCAGGUUAACUGUCUCCGCUGGUCGUUGGGACGCCAUAAGGACAAGGCGGGAUGUGUUAUUGUGCUUCUUAUUCCAAACGGAAACGCAGGUGUAGCGCCUCUUAAUCCCCUUGUCCAGCCUACUACUACCUAUCCCAGGGUUCUAUGCGCCGCACCUCCCUUUUCAACCCACCAGAGGAGGAUUUUACGCGCCGGUGUGGAAAGAAUAACAUCCUGUUAAAUGAGAUGUGGCGCGUCUCUUUUGUGCACCGUCUGUUACCGCCGCUGUGAAUGUGAUGCCGGGUCUUCGCCCAGCACAGAUGACCUGAACCGGGCGGCGGAGGCGGUUGCAACUACAGCACUUGUUCCAUAAAGAGAAUACUUACCGAUGACCAUGGCUGACCAGUACAAAAUGUUUCUCACCACGGCGCCCCCCCUCCGGCGUGGAAGCACACCCCUGCCUCUCAAACACCAGCUGAGGAGGGAAGAGGCCGUGUCUGAGGACUGUGAUUGGAUCCCGGACAUGGCAGAGCCUGCCACGUUGCCUAUCAGUGACACAGCGGUGCCUCAGGAUGAGUCCUUCAGCCAAUCAACAGCCGCCCAGUCGGCUUACCACAGCCACGGUGGGGCAUUGAGGAUAGUGCUACUUGGACAGAAUGGCGUGGGCAAGACGUCGCUUGCCUUAUCUCUGACCGGGCAGUCGGACAGAUCCCUCUCUAUAGACUCUGAGACACAAGCAUGUGGUGAGGGCUACGAGAGCUCAGUGACGGUCGACGACGAGGACAGCAAAGUCAUAGUUUUUGACAACUGGAAACAGGACCUGUCCACUCUACAGUGUGAUGUGUGUAUCCUGGUCUUCUCAGUGACUGACAGGCGAAGUUUCCACCGCACCGCCCAGCUCCGCCUCCUCCUCAGGGAGUCCCAGCCACACACACCAAUCAUCCUGGUGGGCAACAAGAGCGACCUUGUCCGCUCCCGUGAAAUCAGCUCAGAGGAGGCCCAAUCCAGUGCCAUGAUGUUCGACUGUCUCUACAUGGAGCUCUCAGCCUCCCUGGACCACGGUACCAACGAGCUGUUGGAGGCCGCAGUUCGGACUGCGAGGGGCGACUGCGUGGGCCCCGGGUGGACCGACGGCGAGCCCGGGGCAGGCCGCAGGGAGAGCCUGACCAGCCGGGCCAAGCGCUUCCUGUCAGGGCUGGUAUCGUAUGGUCGAGAGCGGGACCGCGAUCGGGGGCGCUACAGGGAGAUGAGCCGCCACCGGGGCAGCAAGAUCCUCCGCCAGAAGUCUCGCUCCUGCCACGACCUCAGUGCACUGUGAUACACACACACGCGCAUACACACUCCCACAUAUGUACACACACACACACACACACACACACACACACACACACACACACACACACACACACACACACACACACACACACACACACACACACACACACACACACCAGAUCAAAUGAUGUGGAGGAGACCAAGAGGAUAAAAUGGAAGAUAGUAGGGAGGAGCAGAUGAGCAUUAGCAGAUUAAGGUCAGAAAAGGAGAGAAGGGAGAGAAAGAAAGAGAAAAAGUUGGAUAGCCUAGAUAGAGCCGAAAUCAGCCUGGGUCGCAGCACUGAACCUUUAUCUUCUGCCUAUCAGUGAAACCAACUUUGAAAGAGAAAGAGGCCAGGUUGGAGAGAACAACAGAUAAACAGAUAAUGAAGCAAGCUUGAUUUGCUGCUCCAGCUUGGGUGAAUCAGCGAGCACUUAUUACCUGAUUAGAUGAAGAGAGAGAAAAUUAGUAACAGUGGAGAGAGUCACAUCAAGAUGCUGAUUGGACACUAACUGUGGCGAAACGGGAGGGGGGUCACACAUAAACACACACCCAAGUAGCACGCACUGAUUAUGUAGAGACUGAUAGCGAUCUAAUGUAUAUCUAUUGUGAACCCUGUUUUAUAGCAUGCCGAGUAGACGAUCUAAGACAUGACGCUGUAGGAUUUACAGUUCCAUGACACUGGAUUGACGGUACCUCAGUAGCCAAUAGCUAAUGCACAAUCCAGCUAGUGUCUCUAGCAAUGCCAUCUCAAAGGCAAGACCCUUUAUUUAUAUGAAGAAAAAAAAAAUGCUUCUAGUGUGAGCAUUUUGUAGCCACACUCUUCACAGUGCAUCUACCUUUGUGUCCCGGACUGAUUUUGAAGUGUUUGAUGAUACCACCAAUGGCAUACGUUCAUCUGUGAUUUUUAUACAAGGCUAAAAACAUCAGCGCCCAAGCCAUAUUUCCGCUGAAUGCCUCAUGAGCGAUCAGCACAAAGAACCCUUUACCGAAGGAUGUGGAGUGAAAGUAAAAAGGUCAAAGUGGCAUGAGGAACUAGACGUGCAGACUGAACUUUUCUUCAAUAGACGCUGAGUCACAGAACACAGGGAUGUUCUUGAAGCACAGGAGGACAAACAAGAGAAAACCUAAUCUACCUUUGAUGUUUUUUAUUUUUUUCUCUUUUUACCCACUGGCAUUAUUAUGUAUGUUGAGACUGAAUACUGUGGGGGGCUGACCACAAAGGUGACCCAAAAGAGAACGUUCUGGAAACGUAUGGAUAUCUCGUCAAGCGUGGCAGCAUCACUGACACAAGCUCACUUGUUUGUCACAGUCUACUAAGCACUCUCGUCUUUCCACUGAGAAUAAAUUCAUUUUUGUUUGACAUCCUGAA